GUUCCCCUGGGAGCUCGGAGCGCGCGGGGCGCCUCGGGGAAAAGGCCGCUGGGGAAGGAUGCGGAGGAAGAAAAGCAGCUUGACGGUGCUGGGGCAAUAAGGAAGGAGCCCAGCGAGGCUGCUCGUGGAGACCAGACCAGGGAAUGCAAGCAGGCCCCGCGGUUGCAAAGUGCCCCAAGCCCCCACUUCCUGCUGCAGUGCUAGGGGACCAGUUUUGCCAGCUGGUGGGAGCAACUGACCAGGAUGCUACAACCUGACGGUCCCUAGCGUGGGGCUAGCCAGCGCCCUUCUGUCCGAAUAAGCUACGCAGUUUGCACUAAGCAAAUUGCGUAGCUUAUUCCGAGAUUAAAUGGAAAAAGCUUAUUUUGAAAUUUGGCGCUGUCUACACAAUGCUAAAUUUCAAACUAAGGCACUGUCCUGACAAUUCCCUUAGCUCUCGUGGAACGAGGGUUACAGGGAUGCUGGAACAGCGCACCUGCUAUUUUGGAAAAUAGCGGGUACUUUUAGUGACGCAGCAUUGCUGUUUUGGGAUACUUCUGGGAUCCCGAAAGAGCAACUGCAAUCUAGACAUACCCCUACAGAUCUGUGAGCCAGAGUUGCCUUUGUUCUGAAAAAGAGGCAGGGAUCGUGAUUGUUUGUGAACUGCACAAGGCAGCCGUCUGUGCUGCAGCUCCAUGGAGGACCUGCCAAGUAAUAUCCCAAGUGGGCUGUGGAGCCUGAAGGCAUGACCGGUACUACCCAGCAACACACCCACCACAAGGAGCUGGGGCUAAAGAAGAAAGAAUAGUUGUGCUGGAAACAGAAAAUGCUCUUCUUCAUCUGAAACUUGCAGAGGGCUGCAUCUGAAGGAAAGGAGCCAAAGACCUCAGCGUGGGGAGACAGCCCUGGUUUGGAGGGGCAGCUAGAAAAGAGGUUUUAGGUGCCAGAUAGCCUUUUUCAAAACGUUCUGACCGACAAUACUUUAGGUGGUGCUUAAAGACGCAAUGACUUUCAGAUUAAAAAAAUCUUCAUCAAGGUUUGAUUGGAAAAGACACGAAUGAAGCGGCACAGCUUUAUUUUGUUCAAGACAAUCAACAGAACUUGCGUAGAUGCACAAGUUCCAUUUUAAUCAAGGUUUAUGGCGCAUUACAGAGACUUAAGCAAGACCUGAAAAAUCUCCAUUCAUUUGCUCUUGAGCUUUCAAGAGACUUUCAGCAUCAAUACAAGAAUUCUCUUUACCAAGUUUUGACUACUGUUCAAAGGAUCCAGCUGCAAAAUGAAGCUAUGCAAACAUUCCAGACAAAAGCAUUUGAUCUGGAGCAGUCUUUACAGGAAGUUAAUGAAAGAUACCAGCAAGAAAAACAAAAGAGAAAAAUACUUCACAACAGUUUGGUUGAACUGAGGGGAAAUAUCAGAGUGCACUGUAGAAUCCGGCCCUUGUUGCCUUUUGAUAUUGCUUCAGGACAUACAGCCUCACAAGAUAGGCACAAAAAACUUUCAGAAGAGGUGGCACAUGUUAUCAAUGAGGAAACUGUCCUUGUAAAAUGCAGUCGUCCUGGUCAUACUUUGGUCAGCAAGACUUUUCAGUUUGACAGAGUUUAUAGUGCUGCUGAGUCUCAAGAUGUGGUGUUUGCAGAUGUGGCUCCUUUGCUUACAUCUCUGCUGGAUGGAUAUAACGUGUGUAUUAUGGCUUAUGGACAAACAGGAAGUGGGAAGACGUACACAAUGUUGGGACCACAGUCUGAGGAUGAAGUCACUCUUUCAAUAAAAGAUGAGCCAGAGCUAGGAGUUAUUCCUAGAGCCACAGAAGAAGUGUUCAGGCUUAUUUCAGAAAAGCCACCAGGAAGUCAUUGGGUUGAGGUUUCUGUUGUAGAAGUGUAUAAUAAUGAAAUUUUUGAUCUUCUGGCCAAAGAUGGCUGUGGAACAGUAUUUGGCAUUAAACGUGAUGUCGUCACAACCAAAGAAGGCAAGAGUGAUGUGCCAUUGCUUACCUAUGAGACUGUUGAAAAUGCUGUGGAAUUCUUACAGCUAGUUGACAGAUGUCUGCAACUAAGGGUCAAACAUCCAACUCUGGUGCAUGCUCAUUCCUCUCGCUCUCAUCUGGUAGUGACAUUGACCAUAACCACGAAGGCAGUUUCUGCAGACAGCUUUGCUCCUCCAUGGGCUGAUGAACAGUCUAGUCAAAGGCGGAGUAAAGAGCUUUUCUGCACCUUUCCUCAACAAAUGAAAGACGAUAAACUCAUCUUUCCUUCCAGAGCCUCUUCACCAGUGCAGUUUCAGUCUGUGGAAAAACUGAAGCACAUCAAAACUAAGCUACAACUGGUGGAUUUGGCUGGCAGUGAAUGUGUUGGUAUGUCUGGGGUGACAGGCACAGCGCUGAGAGAGACCUCGUUCAUAAAUCGUAGCUUAUCUGCUCUAUCAGAUGUACUUGGAGCACUAGCAGAGCAGCGCUCUCACGUGCCAUAUAGAAACAGCAAACUUACUCACCUACUCCAGGAUUCCAUAGGGGGCGAUGCUAAAUUGUUGGUGAUGCUGUGCGUCUCCCCCUGCCAGAAGUACUUAACAGAAUCGCUGCAAUCCUUGGGAUUUGGAACUCGUGCUCGGCAAGUUCAGAGAGGACAAUUCAAGAAAAGAAAUCCACCAGUGUCAAGCAAAUCAAAAUAAAAGCUAAGGCUCCUGUGGAUUAAAGUAUUAUUAAUGAGUUCCUUACACUGAAAUGUAUCUUGUCACAAAGCCAUGCGUUAAGAUAUAAAAUGCCAGUUAAAAUAAAAUACUCCUCAGUGUGGCAUUAGCAAAGCCAUAAACUUGUUGAUAAUGUUCUUGCUCCAGAAAUAACAACAGGUAUUGAAAAUAGCUACCAGGAAUGACAGAUGAGAUGGCCUAGAAAUAUAUUAUGCCUUUUCAGGCAGCAACGUCAGUACACAGUUUUAGAGCAAAUAUUUAAUAUUGUCAAAUAAACAAUCAAAAGUGCACUGAUCCUGGACAGUUCAUACUGGAAAGGCUGAAUCUAUGUCCUAUUAGUUCAGUAAAAGACACAAGGCUGUCGUUAUUCUGUUUCAUUUCAGUAUCUAAAAAUUUGUGGGAAUACGUGGUUUGGUGUUUGGGUUAAAAUUAGCCACAUGUCAUUUUGCUAACUUGCUCUCCUCUAUCUAGCAUUGAGUUAUUCCUAAUCCAUUACUAUUCCCCUAAGAAAAAAAACUAACACAACCUAACUCAAAGUACCAUGCUUUAACUAGUCGGCCUAGGGAUGUAAAUGGUUAACUGGUUACCUGCUAAGCCUUAGGCUUACCAGGUGGAUAACUGGUUAACUGGGCCAGGGACUGCAGCAGCUGUGGUGACGGUGACAGCCCCAGCUCCAGGCCAAGGCAGAGGGACCUGAGCCGGCCACUGAAGCAGCAGCCCCAGCCUUGGUGGGGGCAGGGGAAUUCCAGCACAGCCCCACUGCAGUCCAGGUGGAGCCAAUGGGACCCUGGCUUGGCCGCACAGAGCUGUAGCUCUGCCCCACAUGGGGGUAGGAGGACUCUGGCCAUGCCAUGUGGCAGCCCCAAUCCUAUGCCCCAGGUAGGACCUGGGCUGGGCACCCCAGGAUCACAGUUAAAUAUUUUGUUUAACCAAUUAACUGUUUAACUGCUGUUUUACAUCCCUAACUAAGGCAGGGCGUACUGCCCAUGUGAGUUUUCCACUUCAGCUGCUGGUGCGUCUUCAUGCCUGUGAUCGGAGAUUUUUUCUAGGAGUGCCCUGCCUUGCCCAUGCAGUAGUGUUCCCUUGUGCCAUUAGUGUCCAUUGAUUGUUCACAUGGCGCCUCAAUUCCUUCUCUACUGUCCUCAGGAGCAAACAUACCUCCCCACAGUUGCCCUCUUUUGACCUAAAAUGACAAACAAUUCAGAAAGUUCUUCAGUUUUCACCUUGAUCCGUUUUCCCAUUUUUUCUUACAAUUUUUUUUAAGUUUGUUUCCCACCAUUCUCCCCCAGUUCAGCAUGCCUUGUUCUCCAGGAUUCAAGAGGUGUUACUCCUGCAGAGACCCCUUGCCCAUCUCUAACAGUCACUCCUCCUGUAUAAAAUGCCUGGGAAAAGGCCAUCUCUUCCAGAUGUGCCCGCACUGUUCCAAUCAUACAGCAUGGGCAAGACGAGACUGAGGAAACCGUCUGAAGACCUUCCUAUACGAAAGGUCUCUUCAACCAACUCGAGAGGACUCUCCCUCCUCAGCGAAGACCCAAGACAGAGGGAAUACUUCAGCUUUGGUGAAGAAGUGUCCCACCUUCUAUGCAGACAAGGUGAAGGGAAAGGCCAGGACAUCCCUGGCCAGAUCCUUGACUACACGGAGCUCUUCUAGAGCUAGUACCACUGAUAAGCCCAGCACCUCGCCAGCAAAAGAUACUGCGUCACACAUAUGCGUGCAUUCUGAACCAAGGCACAAGUCCUCAGCCCUGACAUCACUGAUGGCGCCAGUGCCUUACAGGGCAUCGAAGACAGAGCUUAAACUGGCACUGAAGCCUCCCUGUGCUGACAUGCCACCUUUAAAGUCAUUGACAUCAACGCUGCCCCCGGCACCACCAUUGGCAUCUACCAGAAAGGCACUGCACAAAAGUGCACCGAGUGAACAAACCAAGAUGGACUGCAUGGUCAGUGCUGCAUUCACCAGCAUCAUCAGCACAUUCAGUUUAUUUCCUCGGAACCACAGCACCAUCCACAACAUUUAGGGAGGCGGAUAUGGGACCACAGAGUAGAUUCUCAUCCCAGGACGACUCCUCAAUUUAGAGACAACCUCCCUGGGAGUCGUGCUCAACCAGAUCCACCCAUGUGCCUCUUUCCUUGCACUGGUAUGGACACCACUAGCCAUCCCCACCACCUCCAUACCCACAUCAAUGUGAUCCAGGCAGACCUUGUUCCCGUGCCUUCAACGACCGACAAUCUCUGUUCCCCAUGUGUUCCCACUACGUCACAACCUUCUAUCCCAGCAUCAUGGCCAUAAUCUCCAUCUAAACCCAGUAAUACCUCUCCUCAAGGCCUGGCUCCUUCAUGGCUCCAUGAUGCCGAAACUUCCUGUUCUGACAGGGUAAAACAAAUACUAAUUAACAGUCGAUGAGCCUCUACCAGAAAAACCUAUACUUAUAAGUGGAAGAGGUUCUCCACGUGGAUCAGCAAAAACACAACAUCAUCCCAUCCUCCACCACUUCCCUACCAAUGAUACUGGAUUGUCUCCUUGAACUACAGGAGAUGGCGUCUCUCUCUCAGCUCAGUAGAAGUCCACACAGUGGCAACUGCAGCAUUUCAUGAACCGCUGGAUGGGGUUUCCCUCUUUUUACACCCUAUGACCAAAUGUUUCCGGGGGGGCUUGCAAAGCACGUUUCUCACAUUAAGACCAUCCACCCCUUUGUGGAACCUCAACCAUGUCUUUAAGAACCUCAUAAAGUUUCAUUUUGAGCCACUCUCCACAUGCUUGUGGCGUCAUCUCUCUAUGAAAGUAGUCUUUCUCGUAGUGAUCGCCUCCAGCAGGUGGGUUGGCGAGAGAGCAGCUUUGAUGGCAUACCCUCCUUACACAACUUUCAGCAAGGUCAAGGUUAUACUCAAACCCCACUCAAAAUUCCUCACAACAGUCCCUACACCCUUCCAUAUUAAUGAACCAAUCCACUUCCUGUAUUCUUUCUAAAGCCGCACAAUGACGUGAUCCAAGCAAUAGUACAUACCCUCAAUGUCCAAUGCGCAAUCACUUUCUACCUCGACAAGAUCAAGUCCUGGAGGAAGUGCACAAGACUCUUCAUCUCUUUUGUGAAAUGAUCAAAAGGACAAGCUAUCUCCUCACAAGUAUUGAAAUGGACCUCCUCUUGCAUCUAUAUCUGUUAUACUAUCGAUAACACGCAAUCACCACCUGUUAUUACGGUUCACUCCAUCAGGGCAGUGGCAUCGACCACAGCCUUCCUUAAUAAUGUCCCACCCGGGGAAAUCUGCAGAGCAGCAACCUGAUCCUUUAAACACACAUUCGUCAGAUACUGCGCUUUGAUAUCUGGUUUAAUCCCAACUAUAUCAGUGGGACACACUGUCCUCUCCACUGUCUCCAGGACACAGCUCCAAAACCUGCCUCCACGAGAUGGACAUUGCUCUUUAAACACCUAAAGUGGAGCAUCCACAGGGACAGCACUCAAAGAAAGUUAUUCACCUUGUGCAGUAACAAGGAUUCUUCAAGAUGUGUAUCCCCAUAGGUGCUCCACUACCCUCCCUCCCUCCUUCCCUACUUUGGAGCCUCUUUGGGGCUAUAUCCAAGGUAGAGAAGGAACAGAGGUGCUGCGCACGCAAUCAACAGACACUAAUGGUAUGAGGGGACACUACUGCACAUGCAUGGUGCAGCAGGGCACUGCUAGGAAAAAUCUCCAACCACUGGCACAAGGAUGCGCCAGCACCUAAAGUGGAGCACCUAUAAGGGGACACAUCUCAAAGAACCCUUGUUACUGCACAAGGUGAGUAACUCUCUCUUCUUGGUCUGUUCAGAAUGGCUGACAGCUCCCCCUGCCAGGGCUUGCAGUGCUUACAGGGAAGACACCAGCUGUUUUGAGCAGCAAGAUGCGCCUCUGGCGGAGGGAGGUGGGGCAAAAGACUUCAUAUGUUUCCCCACCUUCAGGCCUCAAUUGGCCUUGGGGCAGGAGAGUGUGUGAAUUCUCCCUUCCCCCCCAGUGGUGCACAGUACAACAAACUUCAAAAUGGCUGGUGGUUCUCUCUAGUUGCUGCGCAACCCUGGCAGGGGUUGAGAAAGUUUUCGUGCUCCUCUAUCCCCCAGGCCCUACUCCCAGUUGCGAUGAUUGGCCUGGGGGUGGGGGAAGCCUGGGACUGCUGCAGGACCGAGCCUGCCUCAGGGACCCUAUUCGGCUGCUGGCUGGGAGCCACCUAAGGUAAGUGACUCCCAGCCAGAGACUGCCUCCGUCACCCCCAACCUUUCCCAUUUCCCAACUCCCUGCCCUAGGUCACCAUCCAAAUCCUCUGCACACAUCCUGCCUCAGGUCACAAUUCCCUCCUAAACCCUUCAGCCCCUGCUACACCCCCUCUUCCACCACCUCUCCCAGGUCAAAAUUCGCUCCUGCACCUCUACUCUCUCCUGGACCCUACGUCACAAUCCCCUUCUUCACCUAUAUACUUCUCAGACCCCACACUCUCUCUUGCACCUCAGUCCUCUGUCCAAGUUCCCUUCUGCACUCGAGUUCUGUCCCAAACUCCACACCCCCUCCACAAAGCAGUGUGGCCCUUGACCACUUUCCAAAAUCAUGGAGUGGGCCCUCUAUCAAAAAUUAUUGUCCACCCCUUGUUCUAGCUGCUUUUGUCAUCUUUCCUGUGCUGAAUGUGUAAGAUGACGGGUUGAUGUUUGUGAAUGAAAUUACAUCAAGGGAGGAGUCUUAAGCAAUGUCAAAUACCAUUAAAGAUCAAAAGCAAUUUUGAGGUAUGUAGUUGGGUUUUAUUAACAUUUAAUGUGUGUUAUGUGCUGUUUGAAUGCUCAGCAGAGGCCUGUGAUUCACUCUGACUUUUUCCCUCUAGGGAUUUUACUGCCUCCAGACAGGGAUAGAGGUCACUGGUGGGUCACUAUGAGGAGUCUUAAAUUGCAUUUGCCUAUGUGAAAUACUUGGGCUUAUAGUGCUCCGAAUCUCUUAACCUUCACAAGCAUAAAUAUUUAUCCAGCGAUUAUAUAGCAUACUACUAUUGGAAUUUCAGUUUUGAAUAUAUACCAGCUGCUACAUUGCACGUGGUGUUUUAGUAUUGUCUCUGAUCCUCAGUAUAUCAAUUGUGUGAUGUGAGAGAUCUCAUUUUCCUAAUCAUGCAGCCAGGUUAAAAUUCCUGAAUUGGCUUUACAUGAGUUUUGGCUAUAACACAAGAAAGAGCUAAUCAUCUUCUGGGUGGGAAUUUGUUUUCAUGUGGCAGGAGAGGACAUAAUGAUGUCCUAGACUUGCUAAAAUAAUCAGAGGAGAAAGGAUUGGACUGAGCAAUGUUAGCCUAUAAAAUGAAAUGCACAUUAUAAAAUCAUGUGGGAUUUAGACACCUAGAUGCUUUCAAAAUCCCACUUAGCAUCUAUCUGCAUCUUUAGAGACCUAAAUGCCUUUGAACAUCUGGCCUUAAGGUAUUUCUGAAAAUGUUAUCUCCAAACUUGAUUUUCUCUGAAACUCUUAUAUCCUUGUUGAGGCUUUUCUUCAAAGCUAGAUAUUUAUUUACAAAAGCUACAUGAUACAAAAACUAGCAAUAAUGUAUUGUUAAGGUUGAAAAAUCAAGUCUUGAAGUGUCAGCAAAUAUCAGAAGUUAAAGUUUCUACAUUUACAUAAAAUUCUGCCAGAUUGUACAUAUGUAGCAUUUUCUAUUCAUGUUUCCUUGUUACCUCAGUGUAUAACUCUGUUUGAUCUGUAUUAUUACAUGAGCAGGAUACGCAGUGCAACAAAGUUAAUAUUACUGUAGAAACCUCUAGUUUUGGAAUUUCCUGCUUAUAAGAGUUUAAUUCCUCAAUCUUUGUGUUGUAUUUAAUGUCUCUUUAUUUUUAUAGUGGGGUAUGCGUGGGGGAGACAGACUGCUUUUGAAUUGUAACAUGUACUAAAUGGCUUUAAUAUAGCAAUGUAAGUUAAAGUCUGUUAUGCUGUAUGAGUCCUUGACAUCCUCUUAAGGAAACACAGGGAGAUCUAAAUUGAUGUAACAUACAUGCUGAGGACCAGAAAAAGGUAUAAGUUAAAAGAUGUGGCCUACUUUAAUUUACAAGUUUAUACACUCUCCUGGUGGAUGCUUUUCUUUUUAUUCUUCCCUUCUAACCUUAAGGCCUUGUCUAUGCUAAAAUUCCCUCCAUAGUAGAGCUCACAGUUUUCAUAGGGCUGAUAGAUUGCAAUGUGGUUAAUGUACUGGGUCUGGGGCUCAGUGGAGUAAUAAUAUAUAUGGUUUUAUCCUAAUUAUGGUGUAACAUUGUUUAGUUGUUAAAACCCUCGGGUUGCUGCUAAAGGCAAAAGCACCAUGUGGAACCCAGCGUGAGCUGGGAACACCCCUCCUGACCCCAGGCUCCACACAGCGCUGCCGCUUUGCAGUACCCCCACCUCGCUGCCUCUUUCUGAUACAAGCAACAGGGUGGGGGAAGCGACUAGUCAACUAUCACACCAAUUAUCUGAAAAUGUGCUUAACCGAUAGUCGACUAGUCCUUCACAUCCCUAAUGUAAACCUGUAUUAUAACUCUGUUAUGGUACCCAUGCUAAACCCCUCAUAGGAGUAUGGGGAGAAUAAGUGUAUUAGUGUUUCAGAUAGUACUGUAUUGGAGCCAUGAAAGUUCCUAGAUAGAAAUAUGGUGUGUCGGGAUUGUACUAAUAACAAUCUAAGAGGAUUAAUGUGUCUUAAAAGGAGUGAUAUUUUAUUAUGAAAAAUCCAAGUAAAUUAAUGGUUAGAAUUAUAAAAUCAUAACUAGCGUACAAUCUGGGUAAGAAACUCCUAAAAUAGGGUAAAAUCUUAAUUAAGCUAAAAUAACUUAAAGUUUAGCUGUGCGCUCUCUGUAGCAUUGCUGCUUUACUCUAUUUUACUUGCUCUGGUCAAUGCUGUUCAAUUAAACUGUUGGGGCACUGAUGUUUGGAUGUGACCAUCCCGGCAAGUAAUGUUUGUGCCCUCACUUGUGCUGGAAUAGGCCAUUGACAUUUACACACUGCAGCUAUUCUUGUUGAACAUUGAGGCUGUGUCUACAUUGGCACAAUCU